AUGGCCACAUGGGUUCUGGCUGGGGCGGGGCCCUCUGUGACAUCAGCAAGGGCUCAGCCCUGGCUGGUCCUCAGUCUCCAAGUGCCUGGGCAGACCAGAGCACCAAGGGCCUUUUCCUCUCAGCUCACCAUGUGGUCCCUCAAAUGGUUCCUGUGCUUAUCCACGGGUGUUACCUAUGUUUUUGCCUUAAUUUUUACUUCUCUAAGAGAGAAAGCCAAAGAACUCCAGGGGAAGGUUCUGUGCAGAGGGCGCUUUUUAAUUUGGCGGAAUCUACCAGAGCAUGCCCAAAACUGGCUUGAGAUCACGUUGUUCUGGAUUGUUCUCACUGUGCUGAUGUACCUGACAGUGAAGUUGGCAGGAGAAAGUGGCUACAGUAAUGUGCAGAAUUCUCCUGCCCAUCAGGGCACUUCAUUUUGCUCUCCCAGAAGGAAAAUGGAAAAGGCAUCUCCCAACAAAGACUACAUGUUCCAAACCUUAAUCCUGCUCACGAUGGACCUUGUAAAAUUUGUGUCCAGUAUGCAGAAUCUGAAACUCACCACGGCAAAUGGGAGUUACCUCAAUCCUUCCAAUGCCGACGUUUCUGUAGAUGCACAAAACAACAUUACAGUAUAUGAGCUCUGGGGCAACAAAGAAUCCAAUUGUGUGGAUUUGUGCAUCAAAGUAGGUGAAGAAUUGUAG